UCCUCUAUCCUUCCUUUUCGGCCAAAAUAAAAAAAGAAAAGAAAAUCCUCUUUCCUUCUCAACUUCAGAAAGAGAGAGAAACGAAAUAUGGCAACAACAGAACCACUCGUCGAAGGCUCCACGGCAGAGGAAGUGGCGGCGGUGCCAGUUCCGGCACCGGAGGUAGGGUUAAAGCACAAACUAGAAAGAAGAUGGACUUUCUGGUUCGAUAACCAAUCCAAACCUAAACAAGGCGCUGCCUGGGGAACCACUCUUCGCAAAGUUUACAGCUUCGACACCGUCGAAGAGUUCUGGUGUUUGCAUGAUCAGAUAUUCAAGCCCAGCAAGUUGCCUGGCAAUGCUGAUUUUCACUUGUUCAAGGAUGGGGUUGAACCGAAGUGGGAAGAUCCGUUGUGUGCCAGUGGAGGAAAGUGGACUCUCACCAGCAAAGGGAAGGGCAAUCUUGAUACCAUGUGGCUUGAAACUUUGAUGGCUUUAAUUGGGGAGCAAUUUGGAGAUUCCGAGGAUAUUUGUGGUGUAGUUGCGAGUGUACGCCAGUGGCAGGAUAAACUUUCGCUGUGGACUAAAACUGCAGCAAAUGAGUCUGUUCAGAUGAGCAUCGGAAGGAAGUGGAAGGAAAUCAUUGAUGUUAGCGACAAGAUGACAUAUAACUUUCAUGAAGAUGCUAAAACUCGAGGUGCAAAGGCUCGAUACACUGUGUAAAUGCUACCAGAGCUUUUUUCCGCUCGUGCUGCUGGCAAUGCUGUUGUACGCCAUGUGUAUUAGAAUGCAUUUCUGUUUCAUUUGAGGCUUAAAAUUUAGUUUUUGUACCCUUUUUUCUUUUUUUUGCUUGUAAUACUAUUAUACUAUUUUUCUCUUCCAAUUCUCAUAACUGUCUUGUCAUUUUUCAUUAUAGUUCAUUCACAGUUUCCUCUUCGCCUUCUAAAAGGCUGAAAUUUUGAAUAUUUUUACUCCUGUUGUCCAUGAGUUUUUGUUGUGUUGAUUGUACAAUCAUAAAUCCUAAUAGUGGGUUAAGUCUU